AAAAACUACCCUAGGUAUCGACACGACCAAUAUUUGGCACGAUCCGCCCACUCCUCCCUCCCUUCUCAUUCGAGGAAUUUGUUUCCGGGGGUACCUGAACACAUCUAGCGAACCGCACAAAGUGGUGUGUAUUGGAAGUGACUGCAAGAAACAACGUGCAAGAAACGAGUAAAAAAGAAAGUCGAAACGACAAAAAGGGAAAGGCCACAACGUCGCUAUUUCCUGUUCCCGGACUUGUUUUCAAGCUGUAGAUGUUGCGGGUCGGGUGGCAGCUGCAACAGAACAAAACAAGAACGCAACAAAAAUGCAGAAUGGGAAGAGCCGUCUGCAGCAGUUCCAGGAGGAGGCGGAGGAAGUGAAGGACAUCAUGCUAGACAAUCUAAACAAGGCGGAGGAGCGAUCCGGCAAGUUAGGCGACCUAGAGAGUCGAGCUGAUGAUCUGCUACAAAAGAGUAAAGCUUUUGAAAAGAAAUCCAACCAAGUUAAAGAAACACAACGGUGGAAGAACAAGAAGAUGAAAAUUGCGUUCAUUGCAGUUGGAGUGGCCGUGAUCCUCAUCAUAGUUGUCAUAGUCGUCAUCUUUGCUGUUGCAAAAUAGCACACUCCUAAAUGGACGGAAGGUGGAAUACUGGAACUGUACAACCUGAAAAAAGUCCAUACUGUGUGAAAGUUGAAGUCUGUGCUAACUCUUUGUUUAGAUUAUUUAUGGCACAGGAGGUCUCACUCUUUGGUAAGUUAAUAUGGUACCAUCGAUAGCUGCUUCUGUUCAUUUUCGACAACUUUGUACUGUUAGGUUGCUUCCACCCCACACUGAAAAGACAAGCACCAACCAAUUGAUGAACUCAAAAGUUGAGCUGUCAGAAAUCAAAGGUCCCUGGUGUUGUGAAAUAGAAUUCACAUUUUUAGGGUUCAUUCGUCUUGUUUUAUCAAAAGAAAAAGAGCGUUCUGUCUUUCUGUCUUUUUGUCAUUUUACUAAAAGUUUUGGAACCUAUCAAUUGACCAGUCUGAUUCACUGCAUAAACAUUUGACUCAAACCAG